AUUUAGCUAGGAACUAGUUUACGAUAUUUUUAUUAAUUUUCUAUUGUUAGUGUAUGUAAGUUAAUAAUAACCGAUGUCGCACUAUAGAAAAUAUGUCUCCAAAUCAUUAUGUCGUUUUGUGGGAGGAAGGGGGAUUAGAAAAAUAGAACUAUAUCUAAAAAAAAAUGUGAACUUAACUACUUCAGUAAUAUGAUGAUAUCGUUUCGUACAGUAUCACGAACUAGGUUGGGAGUUUUUAGUCAUAUCCACAUUUUUAAAACAUAUGCUACUGCAGCAUCCCCUCCUCCUUCUCCUGAUUUCUCCAACAAUGACAAUAAUGUAGAUCAUCACAAGCGAUUGGAUUUACACCCAUGGCCCAACAAGAAAAACCCCUCUCCUUAUGAAAUAUUCAAUAUUGAAACAAACCAAGCUGAAAGGCCCUCUGACGAGUUGAAGAGGGAGUUAAAGAAAACCUACGUGAAAUAUGUUAAAAUUUAUCAUCCAGAUACUAGUCAAGUACUUUUGGAUGAUAAAGGUAAUGAAUUAACGACAGAACAAAAGAGAAAUAGAUAUGAUCAAAUUCAAAAUGCAUAUGAUAUCCUAAAGAACCCAACAAGGAAUGCUGCAUAUUACAGAUAUUCAACUACAAAUUGGGACCAACAAGGUUUUUAUGAUCGAAGUAAGGAUAACAGUCAUCCAUUCAACAAAAAUAACUUCGAAGCGUAUAGGCGUGGUCAUGCCCAUAGAACAAAAUAUAAUUUCGAAAAUGAUGAAGCAUUCUGGCAAGCUGGUUCUUGGGAAGACUACUAUCAGAUGAAAUAUGGCAGAAGGCCACCCACAAGAGAAGAGAUAGAAAAGAAUAAGUAUAAAAUUCUUAUGGGUGUAAUUGCAGUAGGUGUAUUAGGUUUUGGAAUUCAAGUCAUGUUAGCCAUAGAUAAAAGUAAUGAAUAUUAUGCUCAAAUGAGACUUCUGAACUUGAAAUCAAUGAAGGAUUUAGAUGAUAGUAGAAAUAAUCAUGGAUUUGGUCCAACACAAUUACAGAGAUUGACGAGGUUUUUAGCAUCAAGAAGAACUUCACGUUUAGUUAAGCAUGAAGAAGAUGAUGAAUUUAUAGCACAACAAAUUAGAGACCUUAAAGAACAAGAUGACGAGUUAUUGGUACAAUAUGCUCGAAAACAGGUUAGUAAAUGGGAUUAGCUUAUGCAUGAAUUAAAUGACAGACUACGACAAUACGUUUUUAUAGAACUGUAGCUCUUAUUCUCCUAUUUAAUUUUAAGAUCGCGCUACAAUAUGUUUUCGGCCUUUGGUGGAGUUUGAUUUUGUAUUUUCUUUGGCGCGGAGUUGCAGUAUGCAGGGAGUCAACCAGACUAAUUAUUCCGGCCCGUAGUACAGUCAAAGGGAUUGAAUGGCUUGAACUUACAUAGUGGGAAGAGCAAUGAAUCUAUUCACUAUUAUGGGUUAUGUAUCGCCUCACUGUUAUGUGAGAUUGCAAAGCAUAAUUUCAGAUCAAUAAUUUUCUUUUUUUAGAAUCAGAUAAUUAUCUGUAUUCCUCAAAUGGUUCUUAAGACUCAUGUACCAAAUGUAAAUGUAAAGU